CAAAACAUAUCGGGCUUACUCUCGGUCAACACGAGUCAAAACACAGCUACAUACAUUUCACUCACUCUUCCAGUUCCUUCCUUCAGACUGCAGGGAGUGAUCGGGAAGUAUGAGGAGGAUACACGUAAUACCCCCAAAGAGGAUAGUCGAGCUCUACAGAUCCGACAAUUUUGAGGCCGAAUCAUUAACUUCGGUUAAUGACAGCCAAGCGAAGAUAGCAGCAGAUGGAUUAGUCAGCACUGAAAAUGUUAAUAGUCAUGAAGAUGGUCAUCUAACUGCCUCACCAAAAUUGCCCAGCCUCAUGGAUCGUUGUUCCAGAUCAAAGACUAAGGGUCUCUAUAAUCUAUCCCUUCAACUGUUGGACCAGGAUGUGUCCAGAGGAUAUGAGAGCGAUUGGUCAGAGGCAAAACCAAAGAACUGCGAUCAGGACAGAUACCAUCAUUUAGGGUUCAGCUUGGGCCAUAAGCAAAAGAGAACCUACAAUCGCCAAAACGAACAGCUAAGUAUGAAGAAGCCUGGCGAAAAACUUGAUGGAAUAUUCAAAAAAAGAAGCUUUUCCACACCUAAAAUGAAAACCUUGACAAGAAAUCCUAGAUACACGAAUAAGACCGAACAGGUAAAAGAAAAAAGUUUAGAGCAUGGUGGGGAAUCGUUCAGACCUUUUAAAUACAAACACCGUAAACUGACUCGUAAAAUUUCGAAUAGCAGUUCAGCGCUCUGCAAACAACCAGUAAUCACAGCCACGAAACAGCCAAAAAUCGAAGGAAUUUUUCCCAGAAGGGCAUAUAACAAUCAGCCCGAUGCAAAGCCAUUCAGAUACUCCGAAAACCCGAGGAAUACCUAUAGAACAUUCUUUAAAAGUCAAGAACCCAAAAAGAUUGCAGAACAUAGUUUAAACAAAAAAAACCAAAAGAACAUUCAUAAUGGGGUUGGUAUUAAGGAAGUUCUUAAAUCCUGGGCAUCAGAGCAGCUAGAUUUUAUAUUGCAUGUAAUUGACGAGAAUCACCUUUAUACCUUAAUUUUUCUACUGGCCACCUUAGUUUACUUGGCCUAUAUUUUGAUAUAUGAUGUUAGUGAAAAUUUGAACGAGCAGCGGCGAUAUUUGGCGAAAUUGGAAAGCGCGGGACUGGCGAUGAAAUGUUUCUAUUACCUGAUGCGCCUGCUGAGGGCCCCAAUAUUCUGAUGGGGCAGGAGAAAAUUGAAGUUUUAAUCAAACAUUUUGCAUUUCAAUAAUAAAACGGCUCGUUGUUAUUCA